AAAGACGAACAAUGGCGCUGCGAAUAUUUCCGCGGGGCCAACAUGGAAGAGAAAGAUCGGGAAACCCAAUCUGACGACACCGUCUCCACCAUGACCACGAUUUCUCGGCACACAUACGGCGAUGAUUUGUGCAUCUCCGUCAUUGAGAACAUGAAGGAGGACUACGGCCUCUUCGUCUGGCCCUGCAGCGUGAUUCUCGCCGAGUACGUUUGGCAACACAGGGAGCGAUUCUCAGGAGCCACUGUUCUCGAGCUUGGUGCUGGAACUUCCUUGCCUGGUUUGGUUGCAGCAAAACUCGGUGCCCGUGUCACUCUCACCGAUGAUUCCAGUAGAUUAGAGGUGCUUGACAACAUGAGAAGAGUUUGUGACUUGAAUAAACUUGAGUGCAAUGUGCUAGGAUUGACUUGGGGAGUUUGGGAUUCAUCCAUGCUCAGUUUGAAGCCAACAAUUAUCCUAGGGGCUGAUGUUUUGUAUGACUCAAAUGCCUUUGAUGACCUUUUUGCCACUGUGACAUUCCUGCUACGAAAUUCUCCAGGGUCAACCUUUAUCACUUCAUACCAUAAUCGAAGUGGACAUCACCUUAUUGAGUUCUUGUUGGAAAAAUGGGGCUUAAAGUGUCUCAAGCUCAUUGAUGGGUUUUCUAUAUUGCCAUCCUACAAGGCAUCACAACUAAGUGGUAACAUCCAAUUGGCUGAGAUAGCACUUAUCUCAAAAGACAACGCUUGAGGAUUGGAGUGUGGGACAGGAGAUUGGAGCUGGAUCCGAAUCAUGAGGCCUAUUCUACCUCCAACCAUAUUCAUCUGUCAUACGUGCUCUUUUGAGUUUUCUGAUCUUCCUUAUCAUCAAGGUCAUCCAAGAUUGGACAAAUUGAAGUGCAUGGUUGAAGCCGUUAAGUUAUGAAUAGUAUCAACUUGCUGCUCUUAAUUUUUACCUAUAAAAUCAUCCCUUCAAUGAGCAGGGGCUACAAAGGUCAUGUUGCUGAGCGGCACCUUUCCUCAGUUUCCUGCCUCGUUACUUUAGACUUCAAAAAUGAAAUUUUGUAACUGUGUUCUAAAUCAUUUUCCCAGGAUAAGCUUUAGCUUAGCUUUUACUACAUUUGAGAUAAACAUACAUAUUUCUUUAUGGAGGGAAAAAAGUAUUAAUCUUGCCAUCUUGAAAAUGUGAUUAACCAGUGUCAUACUUCUAACUUGACUUGGAAUAUCAUAAUUUAACUUGAAUUAAAUUAAGACUUAAUCACUCUGCAGUUCUUCCUAAUCUCUUGCCGCCACUGAUUCUACUCAUGGUCUUCACAAAAGCCUCCAAGAAAGUUGUGACAUGUGGAAGGUUGGCGCUGGUAAUUAUAUGGUUUCACUGGCCUUAGAUGUUCUUCCAUCCUUUCUCCCUUUAGAAACAUCCCAUUUAGGUCCUCCAGGUCAAAACUUGCAAAUGCAUGUUACAUAUCUGUAUAUGCCAAUGCUAAAGAACACAACAAUUGUUUGAAUCUCAAUGAUCAGAGUUUGGUAGUUAGCUUUUUUAAAAACUGCAUCCAUCCCUUGCUUCUAGAGCAAGGAUAUCAGCACAUGAGACCACACCAGGGCAUGAAGCUUCUACUUCAUUAAUGACAUAAAAUGCAUGCAAAGAAACAAUUGGUGGUCCAUCUAGUCCUGUUUUUUGUUGUUUCAUUUUGAUAAUGUAAUAUUACAUUAUACAAAUCUAAAAGUGUUUUUUGACCAAUAUUGCCCAAACAAUAUUCAUUUUGUCAAACUUGCUUCUGGGAUAAAAGUAUCCAAAACAGAAAUCACAUCAAUAAAUUCAGUUUUAACCAAAUCCAGUUUUGUAAACUUAAGUUAACACAAACUCUGUUUUGACGUGCUUCAAUUAUGAGAAAGGAGUGUAUAGGGUGGUUAAGGCUGAACCAUCGUGAUUUUGCUUUUUGCUGCCAAAGCUAAAAGUUUGCACUGCAAGUUUUUAUAGUUAUGAACUUAUGAUGGUAGCCAUGUUUUAUCAAGGCUAUAAUUAUUAGAGUAAAUUUCCCGUUUGAUGUGGAUUCUACCUCAAAGGAAUCUAAUUAUUAAAGAUCAUGCAUUACUUUUGUUUCCCGACAGUUUGGUGCAUUUGUAAAAGCACACAGUAUAAUGUGAUUUCCCCUCUUAAUUUAAGAAAAGUAAUUUGUAAUUAUGUAGUACCAAGUCCAUUAUUCACUUUUUGGAUGUUUUGUAACAGGUUAGCUUAUUUACUUUCUGAAUGUAAUCGAUGUUUUGUAACAAAGAUGAAGUAGAAAUUGAAGAUUUGAAGUAAUAGUUUGCAUGUGGUUGUUAUCU